AUGAGUGGAAAUGGUCAGCUGCGAUCUAAAGAGGAGGAACGUUCGUUGCAGCUACUCCACGCACAGACAAGAUUGCUCGUAAAUCGUUACGAGACGGGUCUGAUUUGGAGAUAUGACAACAUCAGAUUACCACCGAGUCGCGAUAUGGCACUACACCGCCACGAGUGCCUAAUUAGAAAGCUGAAAAGAAAUCCAGAAUUAGCGCGAUCGAUGAUAGAGAAGAUGAAGGAAUAUGAGGCAAAGGGGUAUGUACGACGCCUGACAGAGGUUGAAACCCAGAGACGAGGCCCACGGGAUUGGUACCUGCCCAUCUUCCCUGUUACCAACCCGAACAAGCCCGGGAAGGUUCGGGUAGUUUUCGACGCGGCCGCCAAGUCAAAAGGUGUAAGUCUAAAUGACUUCCUCCUUCCAGGACCCGACCAGCUGUCAUCAUUAGUCGCUGUUCUCCAUAAGUUCCGAGAAGGGAAAACAGCACUAGUCGGCGACAUUCGGGAAAUGUUUUUCCAGGUACGGAUGAGAGCAGAGGAUCAGCAGAGCCAGCGAUUCUUCUGGGUAACUGGGGACGACCUCAACGAAAAUCCUUGCCUCUUCGCGGUAGCGGUGAUGACCUUCGGUGCGACCUGCUCACCCAGCAGCGCCCAACACGUCAUGAAUACUAACGCCGAACGGUUCAACGACAAAUUUCCGAGGGCAGUGACGUGCAUCCGGGACGAACACUACGUAGACGACAUGCUGACGAGUACUGAAACCGACGAGGAAGCGCUCAAGUUAGCUCAAGACGUAAGGUACGUGCAUGCGCAAGGCGGCUUCGAAAUCCGCAACUGGGUGUCCAACUCCAAAGAUGUUGUGCAGCAGCUACUCCGAGGCCAAGUGAACCCAUCGAGCGCUCUUAUCCAGGUAACACCCGACUCUCCGAUGGAGAAGGUGCUCGGGUUGUGGUGGGAUACCGACAAGGACGUAUUCCAUUUCCGCCUAAGUCCGCGACACGACAAGGAGCUGCUGCGUGGAUCCAAGGCGCCGACAAAGCGUGAGUUACUGCGAUUCCUGAUGACGAUCUACGACCCGUUAGGCCUUAUCGGUAACUACCUGAUGGGCCUAAAAAUGAUCCUGCAAGAUGCGUGGAGAAGCGGACGGCAAUGGGACGACGCGCUGGACGAAGAGCUCAACGACAAGUGGCGAUCAUGGGUCGCCACGUUACCAGCGCUACAAGAGGUUAGUGUACCGCGGUGUUACCGAAAAAUAACACCCGCCAGCGCCUCCGCACAGCUACACAUUUUCUGUGACGCCGGCGAAGGAGGAAUGGUUGCCGUUGCCUAUUUUCGUUUUAGUACUGGCCAUAUCAUCGAGUGCGCUCUUAUCGGCUCCAAAUCCAAAGUAACACCAUUGAAGCCCACGUCGAUACCUAGGCUCGAACUCCAAGCGGCAAUCAUCGGCACACGGUACGCGCGCCAUAUCUUGGGAAGUCAGCGCAUAAACGUCAGCAGGAGAAUCUUUUGGACCGACUCACGCAACGUUAUUUGCUGGCUGACGUCAGACCAUCGACGGUACACACCUUUCGUGGCCUUCCGUGUUGGCGAGAUCCUGGAGACAACGGAUGCCGGCGAGUGGCGAUGGCUCCCCACCAAAUUGAAUGUAGCCGACGAAGGUACAAAGUGGCGCGACUCCGUGAACUUGCUCCCAUCGAGUCGAUGGUUUCGGGGACCGGAAUUCUUAUGGGAGAAAGAAGAAGAGUGGCCGGCAACGUUAACUGAUCUGAAGGAACCACAGGAAGAGGUGCGAAAAACGAUUGCACAUCAUUCAGUGAAGAAAGAAGAGCCCCCGAUAGAAUUCACUCGCUUCUCCAAAUGGAAGAGAUUACUUAGAGCGACCGCCUACGUUAGUCGUUUCAUAAAUAACGCGCUCAGUAACAGAAGAGGAACGGAGCGAACAAUCGGGACACUAACUUGCGAUGAGUUGUCGGCAGCAGCAAACCUGAUCUACAAGCAAGCGCAGCGAGAAGCAUUCCCAACGCAGCAACCCUAUACACGGAGGGACAGUCCGUUGUUCCAACUUGCACCAGAAACCGACGACCACGGGGUGCUACGAAUGCGCGGACGUCUAGCUCGCUGUCCCAUGGUCGACGCAUCGCUCCAGCGCCCAAUCAUCAUGCCAAGGCGACAUUAUGUAACCGAUCUGUUAAUACAGGAUUACCACGAGAGAUAUUUUCACGUCAACCAUCGCACUGUUGUAAGUGAAAUACGCAGGAAAUACUACAUACCGAAGCUCCUCGUUGAAUACAACCGCAUCCGACGACUGUGCCAACUCUGUAAAAUCCGGAACGCCAAGCCGAGAACGCCACAAAUGGGAGACAUCCCAAACCAACGAGUAGCGGUGUCACAGCGCCCAUUUACUUACUGUGGCAUCGAUUACUUCGGACCCAUGAGCGUAAUGGUCGGCCGACGCACGGAAAAGAGGUGGGGAGUGAUCUUCACCUGCCUUACAGUAAGAGCCAUUCACUUAGAAAUCUCGUCUACACUCACCACCACCUCGUGUAUCAUGGCGAUACGACGUUUCAUCGCCAGUAGAGGACAUCCCGUCGAAAUGAUUAGCGAUUGCGGCACUAAUUUCAUUGGAGCAGCACGUGAAUUGCAAGCCGCAGUAACUGACCGUCACAUAAAGUGGACCUUUAAUCCCCCGGGUGCCCCACACUUUGGUGGAUGCUGGGAACGACUCAUACAAUCCGUCAAGAAAACUAUGGAAAGGAUGGAUUUGCCACGAGUUCCAACGGAUGAGGUCCUAUACACCACACUAAAAGAAAUAGAACUUAUUAUUAAUUCCAGGCCACUUACAUACAUUCCCCUGGACGACGAAGACGCUGAGCCGAUUACGCCAAACCACCUGCUACUCGGCAGCUCGAACGGGGAAAAACCGCCGACGACCCUCGACGACUCGGCAGAAGCGAUACAGGCAUCUUGGAACGCAGCUCAGCACAAUGCAGACGCGUUCUGGAAACUAUGGGUGCGCGAUUAUUUGCCGACCCUCACGCGCCGCACAAAGUGGUUCCAGCCGUCACCCGCAAUCGAAAUAGGGGAAGUGGCGAUUAUCGUCGACAACAACUUACCGCGCAGGUGCUGGCCGAAAGGACGCGUUGUAGAUGUAAGACGGGCCCCCGAUGGUCAAGUGCGUAGGGUAAGAGUCCGAAUUGGAAAUAAUAUUUACGAGCGACCGGCCACGAAAAUCGCGAUAGUAGAUGUCAAGGGUAACCACGCGGACGAAACAAACUAG